GCUUUUCAGGUUAAGAUCAGAUUUCAGGUCCAGCCUCCUCCUCCACCUCCUACUCCUAAUCGCUGUGUCCUUCAGCUGCUCCAUGGCGCUCCGAUGGACUCUCAAAUCAAAACAGGGAAAGUUUUUCUCCGUCCGCACAAAGCCAACAAGAAAUGGAAGGAGGUGUGGCUGACUCUGAUCUCACCCAGCAGCAGCAGAGGGGGUCAGCUGGAGCUCAGGAGUGUGGCAGGAGGAGGUCCAGGUGGUGACCUCGGCACCGUGGUCCGUAGAUACCAGAGUCCCGGAGACAGGAAGGUGAAAGUGAUCCAGCUGUCGGAGAUCCUCAACAUCCUCCGCCUCCCCCCGAACGCAGAAGCCUGUCCCAUGGAGAACAUGUCCGCCUUCUGUGUGGAGACUCAGGACAAGACGCUGGUGUUUGCUGCUCUCAGAGAUGAAAGUGUGGACUGGGUGGAAAAGCUGGUCAGCAGCCAGAGGGCGGUUGGAGUGGGGGCGCUCCAGAUGGAGGAGAACCAGAUCUACGCCUCCACAGCUGAAGAUCCUCUGUUCUGGGUGGUGGUUCAGAGGACGGAUGCAGCGAUCCGAAGCAACCUGCAGGGGUCCUACUGGCUGCAGGUGGAACCACAGGUGCUGCUGCUGAAAGAACCAGAGAACCGGAAGACAGUCCGAGCGUGGCCGUACGAGCUGCUGCGGCGAUAUGGAAGCGACGAGGUGGUUUUUACCAUCGAAACAGGCCGGCGCUGCGACUGUGGGCCCGGAACCUUCUCCUUCGAGACUCGACAGGCGGAGAAAAUAUUCUCUCUGAUCCAGAACAACAUCAAACACAAGAGCUCUACAGGAAACCAGACCCAGGAGCCUGAGAAGGUUACUGGGACCAGCACCAUGGCUCGGUCCCCCCUCCCCAGUACCCCUGGCGGGACCACCAUGGCUUCCCACCUGGAGCACAAACCAAGAACUCAGGGCUGGAGAUCUCCGCUGGUCAGCAGGUCUGCAAAGACCCUGGAGGAUUCGGGGGGUCUGUCUGACGGUGCGCCGGCUCCCAUCACCCUCAUGCCCCUCCCACUGGUCCCAACUGCAAAAAGCAAUCACAGCACCCAAUCAGAAGCCAUUUACGCCAAUCCAACCAUUUGUGUCCCAUCUGUGCCUCAGCCAAUCACGGCUCAGUAUGUCGACCCGGCCAGUAUUCUCCCUGUAAGAGCGCCACUGUCAGGAGAACCCAACCCUCCCAGCACAGAUCCACAUCCUGGACUCCAUGACUCGGUUUACUCCGAGGUUUACGACAAAAUCAGUCUGGACCAGAACCUCCUCCUGGGCUCCAGAAACACCUGCAUGGAGCCCAUUUACUCAGAACCAGUCAGCAGCACCGACACGGGUCCAGAGGCCAGAGAGACCAAGCCUGACCCAUUCGCCCACCUUUACGCUCAGGUCUGUAAAGCAUCCAGUAGAACCUCCACCACAUCUGCUUCACCCCCCUCCAUCGCCAUUAGAACAAAAGCCUCCCCAGAUGAAACAUCCGAUGAUGUCAUCUAUGAAAACCUGGGAGUGGUCUAAUCAGACACGUUUGAGACCAGAACACAGAACUUUUGUCAGAACCGAGACUCGUUUUAAAUCUCGCUUCAUCUGCUGAGGAACCACAUCUGAUCCGAGGUUUCUGAGGAGGGAAAAGCACCGUUCCCAGUUUCAGAUACGAAUAAUGGAGCUGGUGCCGGCCCAGCCCACCUGAGCCUGACUCUGUAAACUCACCACACACAGGAAAGAGAUCUUCUGUGUUGCUGCAACUAGUUUAAGCAGCUUUGUUGUCUCUCUGGGUGUUUCUGAUUGGUUUAAUCAGCUGUUCUGUGAUGUUGGUGCUCAUUAUUAGAAUAAACCGUCCAAGUGCC